AGUGAUGGCGCCAAUAGUCCUAUACGAUUUCGAUGCAAGCUUUCCAUGUACCCUGGUUCGUAUUGUAGCUCGCCUGAUUGGUGUAGAGCUCAAGACAGUGAAACUGAAGGAUGUCGUGAAAGAAAUGGCUACUCCAGAGAUGACACAGAAAAAUCCUCAACGCACAAUUCCAUUGUUGGAGGACAACGGUUUAAUUAUUGCUGAAAGCCGUGCCAUUGCCAUGUAUCUUAUAUCAAAAUACGCGAAGGAUGAUUCCUUAUAUCCAAGGGACCCACAAAAGCGAGUUCUUGUUGAUCAGCGGUUGUUUUUUGACUUCGAUGUCUAUGGAGCUAUGGCCAAUGUAUGGCGCUCAGUUAUGUCUGGAAAACCGCCAGACCACACAUGUGUACAAAAAGUAAAUGGUGGACUAGAAACUUGGAACAGAAUACUAGAAGGAAGACAGUGGCUCGCAGGGGAUAACGUCACACUGGCUGAUUACUCUGCUUGUCUAGUUGUGACAACAACUCAGAUUAUCCCAAAAACGGAUUUUAACCCAUAUAAGUACAAAAAUGUUGCUGAAUGGAUUUCUCGAAUUGAGAGUUCUAGUCAGAAAUAUGUAGAAGAGGUAAAAGUGUUCCGUGAAGCUACGAGACCUAUUCUAGAAAAAGUAAAAUAAAAAAGUGAUAUCAUUUGUCAGUCA